AUGGAAAGCACAGAAUCAGUGAUAAUAUCUAAAAGAAAAAGAGAACACAUUAAGAUCGGGAUCAGUAAACUCAUACAAAGUGUUAUUGUUCAGGAUAAUCCAAGGUCGGAAGAAUUUAGCGAUGUGGUGUCAGAAGCAUUAACAGCCCAUGAAUUAGAUCGUUUGCUGACCGAAGAAAGCUACCUAAAUAUAUGGAUAAAAUUAGAAGAUAUAAAAUUAAGCAGCGAUUAUGCUUAUUUCUAUCUCGGACUAGUUAUUGAUUAUGACAACGCACUAACAGAAUUUUUUUUUGAAAUAAUAAAAAACUGCUUAUUCUCCUUUAAUUUUUUUUUCCGAAAAUUAAAAAAAUUCCAUUUUGCAAAAAUUGGAAAAUAAUUAUUUAUAAAUAUGCGAAAUUUAUGUUUUUAAAUGCAAGCUGUUUAAAAUUAAACAUAUUAGCUAAAGAUUUCAUUAUAAUAAUUAUCACUUAUAUAUCAAUUUUUUUCAUAAAUAAUUUUAUAUUAAAAAAAUAUUUGUUUACUCUUGGAGGGUGGAUUUUGAGAAAAAAUAGAAAACUUUUCUAAUGGUUUUGUUCGCACACAGAGUGAUGAGUUAAGAGAAUUGGAUGUAAACUACCAAACAUUGAUCGGUCUCCUAAAAAAUUGUAGAUUGGAAGCUCUAUUAAAGCUUAUUACAAUUUUUGUGUUAGCCGAGAAAGCAGACAAAGACAAGCUUGACGAAGCAAAAAUAAUUGAAAUAACUAGGUCAUUCUUAUCCAGAUACAAUUCACUUUUUUUUGAAGGCGAAACUCAUGACUCUCUUGAUGAUUUCUUACUCCCCCCCCCCCUCCGUGAGCGAACAAAACCAUUAGAAAAAUCGCCAUUUUUUGACCAAAAACCCACCCUCCGUGAGUGAACAAAAAUAUUUUUAAUAGAAAAAAAUUUUAAUAGAAAAAAAUUUUGCUAUAUAAGUGAUAAUUAGUAUAAUGAAAUCUAGAGCUAAUUCUGUUUAAUUUUAAACAAAUUGCGUUUUAAAAACAUAAUUUUGCAAAUUAAAUUAGUAUUUGCUUCCCAAUUUUUGCAAAUUAGGAUUUUUUUUAAAUUUCGAAAAAAAAAUAUUUUUUAUAAAAUUUAUAUAUAUAAAUUUGUUUUUAAAAAAAAAAAAUUAACCCCCCUCCGUAAGUGAACAAAAUUUUUUUGUUCGCUCACGGAGGGGGGGGGGGAGUUAGUAAGAAGACUUUUACAGUUUUUAAAUUUUGCCGAUGAACUGAAUUUGGGAAAAAAUUGCGAGAUAGAUUCAAACUCAUGAAAUAGUUUGUUGAAUCGAGCGAAUUCCGCACAAACAUUUAAAUACAUCUUUCCAGCGCUCAGCAAUCAUAUAAAAUUUACGAGUCAAGAUAAAAUGUCAGAAUCUCGCAAUUUAAUUUUUCAUAUACUUUCACUACCAAAUAAAGCUCGAUGUGAAAUUUCUGAUAAGCUUUUUUGUAAGAAAAAGGACUGAGUUUCGUUUUAUAUUCAGUUCUGUUUAGAAAAUAUGUCAAUUCCUUAUGAUACUAAAAAAAAAAGAAACAUAUCGUCAGCGAUUUCUCUUUUUCUAUCGUAUAUAACAAAUAAAAACAAAAGCAAUACUAAAUACAUAAUUGAAAAAUCUGAACUAAUCAGAAUUUUUAAUUUUCCGGAAUUAUUUGAAUAUAUUUAUUACUUGAUAACUGAUCUUGUCCAACUUCAGCUUACGAGUCAGUCAUAUGAUAUUAAGUUUUUGGAUGAAUAUUUUUCAAAUAUCAAAUCCUUACCAAGUCCAUAUGAAGUUUCGAAAGCUCAAAAUAUAACCUUUCAGCUCAUAAUCUUUUCUUGUUUAAAAAUUGAUAAUCAAACCAUUAAAACUGAAAUAUUGAGCUAUGCUGUGGAAUUUUUCAAAAACUACUAUAAAGUUGGCAUAGCUGAAUAUGAUAGAAAUGGCAUUGAGGUUGUCAAUAUUAUAUCAUUAAUCUCUUGACACUUACCUUCGAUUUGGGAUUUAAUUUUCGAGGCAUUAGCUGAAUUGGAUCGAAAUUUAGAAGACUCAGAUCCUCAGCUAAAUGCAAAUCGGCAAUGCUUAUUAAUACAGCUAAACGUCAAGCGUAGGCUGCAAUUAAAAGAUCAAAUUCCAGAUGAAUUUCUUAAUUUCAUUGGUAGCCUAAUUACUUAUCUUCAUGAAGGCACAAGUAACUCAUGAAAUGAGAUGAAUGAUAUUGUAAUAAACUGAAAUAAUGACUUUGAUAUCCGUUCAGAGAACUAUGAAAACAAUGAUUAUUGAGGAAAAGUUUUAAUUUAUUAUUGCUGAAAUUCAAAACACUUAAUAAGUUUGAAGGAAUUUUGGGAAAGUAAAGUGAAAGAGAAAAAUGAGCAAGAGAUAAAAGAAGAGACAAAGGAAGAAACAAAAGAAGAGAUAAAGGAAGAGAUAAAGGAAGAGAUAAAGGAAGAGAUAAAGGAAGAGAUAAAGGAAGAGAUAAAAGAAGAGACGAAAGAAGAGGUAAAAGAAAUUUUUAAGCAAGCAAUUGAUAAAUGCGAUGAAGAAAACCAAAUAAGCCAAAAAGGGAAGAAAUGAACGCAGAAAGAAAUUGAUCUUCAUGCUCAGCUUCUAUUAGAACUCAAAAAUUGUUGCUUAUUAAACAUUUUAUUUAGCGAACAGAUUUCAAAGCAAGUAAAAAAGUGGCUAAUUUCUCAAUUAGCCAAUUUGUUCAGUUUAUCUAUCAAUAAUUCACAUGAUGGUGCAAAUUUCAUAAUAAAAACAGUUCCAUUUUUAAUGCAGCUUAUAUCCGAGCCAAUAGUAAAAGCUGAUAAUGUCCAAAAAAGGGACUUCAAAGAAUUAGCUCACUCCUUAGUUGUAAAAGAAAGCCUCAGUAAGAUUGGCCUUAAGAUUGAUCUAGAAAAAAAGUAUGAUGAGUAUGUGUAUUUUGCUAGUUUACCUAUCGAUCUUGCAGGCGUUACUGUAUUCGGAGGUGAUAUCUUAAUAAAUAAUAGAUAUAACAAGAAAAUACCCUUCAAUCUUUGUGCUCAGAAAGUCAUUUUUGUCCAUGAACUUGCACACCAUAUCAGAAAAACGCAAAAGGGUUUCUAUGAUAUAAACCAAAAAACUCCAGAAAGUAAAAAACAAAUUUUAAAAGGAGCUCCAGGGUCGAUAAAAACAACUAAAUUGCUAUCGUUAUUUGCAGAUUUUUGAACUUUACCACUUAAGUGUGGAAUUUUUUCCGCGUGUGAAAAGGUGUUUUUCACGUGUGGAGCCCUUUUGAUUUCGCAUGUGAAUCCUCUUUUCACAAACGGAAAAAAUUCCACACUUAGGUAGUAAAGUUCAAAAAUCUGCAAAUAACGAUAUCUACAAAUGAGGGUGGCUGGCAAUUGGAGUCUGAACUCUUCUCUGUGUUUUUUAUAGAAAUUUGUCAAGAGCAAGUUGACUUUCUAAAUUCAAUUUUAAAUUGGGAUACACAACUUGAAGAAUUUAAAACUGUCCUGAAGAGAUUAUAUUCAGAGAAUUCAAACAAGUAUCAAUUGGGAAGAGGCAAAGAUGGGCUGUAUUCUUUAGAGAGAAGGGGUCAUAACGAUUAUUAA